CCUGCGCGACGGGAAGUGACGUCAGGACGACGGGGUGGGGUCCUGGCGGCUCCCGGAAGUAGCUGCCCGCCGCGGUGCCUGCGCAAGGCCCCGUCAUGGCUCCCACCAUCCAGACGCAGGCGCAGCGGGAGGAGCCGGGCCACAGGCCCAGCUCCCACCGGACGCUGCCCGAGAGGUCGGGCGUCGUCUGUCGCGUCAAGUAUUGCAACAGCCUCCCCGACAUCCCCUUCGACCCCAAGUUCAUCACCUACCCCUUCGACCAGAACCGGUUCGUGCAGUACAAGGCGACGUCGCUGGAGAAGCAGCACAAGCACGACCUGCUGACGGAGCCCGACCUGGGCGUCACCAUCGACCUCAUCAACCCCGACACCUACCGCAUCGACCCCAGCGUGCUCCUGGACCCAGCGGAUGAGAAGCUGCUGGAGGAGGAGAUCCAAGCGCCCACCAGCUCCAAGAGAUCGCAGCAACACGCCAAGGUGGUGCCAUGGAUGCGCAAGACCGAAUACAUUUCCACCGAAUUCAACCGCUAUGGCGUCUCCAACGAGAAACCUGAGGUCAAGAUUGGCGUCUCAGUGAAGCAGCAGUUCACAGAGGAAGAGAUCUACAAAGAUCGUGACAGCCAGAUUGCCGCCAUCGAGAAAACCUUCGAGGACGCCCAAAAAGCGAUCACGCAGCACUACAGCAAACCCCGCGUCACCCCCAUCGAGGUCAUGCCCGUCUUCCCCGACUUCAAGAUGUGGAUCAACCCCUGCGCCCAAGUCAUCUUCGACUCGGACCCGGCGCCUAAAGACACCAGUGGCGCAGCCGCGCUCGAGAUGAUGUCACAGGCCAUGAUCAGGGGAAUGAUGGACGAGGAGGGGAACCAGUUCGUGGCGUAUUUCUUGCCGGUGGAGGAGACGCUGCGCAAGCGGAAGCGGGACCAGGAGGAGGAGAUGGAUUACGCCCCCGAAGAUGUAUAUGACUAUAAGAUCGCCCGGGAGUACAACUGGAACGUGAAGAACAAAGCCAGCAAGGGCUACGAGGAGAAUUAUUUUUUCAUCUUCCGCGAGGGUGACGGCGUCUACUACAAUGAGUUGGAGACCAGGGUGCGGCUGAGCAAGCGGCGCGCGCGGGCGGGGGUGCAGUCGGGCACCAACGCAGUGCUGGUGGUGAAACACCGCGACAUGAACGAGAAGGAGCUGGAGGCCCAGGAAGCACGGCGGGCGCAGCUGGAGAACCACGAGCCGGAGGAAGAGGAAGAGGAGGAGAUGGAGGCUGAGAAGGAAGCGGCAGGAUCAGACGAAGAGCGGGAGAAAGGCAGCGAGAGCGAGGGAGGAGCGAGUGGCGAGGAAGAGGAGGCUGAAGGCUCCGGGAGCAGCAGCGAGCGGGGGGGCUCGGCCCGCAGCGAGGAAGAGGAGGAGGAAGAGGAGGACGAGGCUGAAGAGGAGGAAGAGGAAGAGGAGGAGGAAGAAGGCAGGGGGAGCAACCGGCGGGGGGGCAGCGAUGCCGCCCGGGCUGCCCGCGAUCAGGAGGAAAUCUUUGGCAGCGACAACGACGAGGAAGAGGAGGAAGAAGAGGAAGAGGAAGAGGAGGAAGGGGGGGGCGCCCCUCCCCGCAGCCCCCACCUCAGCCCCAGCGACGCCUCCGACGACGCCUCCGACGACGACGACACCCCCAGCGAUGCCUCCGACUCCUCCAGCGACUGAGCGGGGGGAUUCUCCGGCGGCUCGUAGUGAGGUUGAGCCUGCACCCCCCCAUCCCCGUUUUGGGGCAAAAACCAGGCACUUUGGGUUCUUUUGGGUGGUUUUUUGGGUUUUUUUUUUUUCUCUUUAAUAACGUAGUCAUGGUUACCAGCCAUAGUCAUAACAAAAGUUAUUCAUAAUAAAAUGUAUCUAAAA